CAGAUCAGCCCUAAAACCCUAAUCAACUUCUCUCCACUCUAGCGGCGGUAAGCUUCCUUCUCCGAUCUCCACCCUCCUUCGUCCCUCUGUCUCUUCAUUUCCUACGGUAACCGGAGCAGGAACUAAAAUGGCGACAGUUCCAGGCCAAUUGAUCUGGGAGAUCGUGAAGAGGAACAACUGUUUCCUCGUGAAGGAGUUCGGCCGUGGCAACGCCGGCGUUAGGUUCAGCAAGGAGACCAACAAUCUCUACAACCUCAACUCCUACAAGUACUCUGGUUUGGCAAACAAGAAGACCGUUUCCAUUCAGCCUGAAGGCAAGGAUGUGGCGGUUGUGCUGACAACCACAAAGACCAAGAGGCAGAACAAGCCUGCCAAUUUGAAGCACAAGUCGGUCAUGAGGAAGGAGUUCAGCUCCAUGGCUAAGGCUGUUACCAAUCAGGUUGCAGAUAACUUCUACCGCCCGGAUCUGAAGAAGGCUGCCCUCUCUAGGCUCAGUGCCAUCCACAGGAGCCUUAGGGUUGCGAAAUCCGGUGUCAAGAAGAGAACCAGGCAGGCUUCUAAGAUCUCUGCGAGAAAGUGAAUUUGAAUGCUCUAGAGUGCUCUUUUCGUUUCAGUACUAUCAAGAGUUUCCAGAUUAGUCAAAUACUAGUUUGCAAAAUUUUGGUUUAUCAGAUAUUUGCCUACCUCGUUUGUUGUCUUUGUACUGGAUAUGGUCGAAGAAAAAACUUGGAUUUGUGAGACAUGUUAUGCCUUUAGAUAUGCACAAGAUUCAUGUUUCUAGUUUUUAAUUGCUAUGAGAUUGUUGUUGUUGAUUCUCCAUGAUCGCGGUUUUCCCAGUUCCCCAAUUUUGGUGUUGUAAAGGAGGUUACCCGUUUUUCUAUUUUCAUAGUUCGUGUAAGUCGAUGUGUAUUUGUCAAAGCACAUUGAAAAUUGGUCUGUGAACAAACACGCUCUAUAUAGAGAGAACAGAUGGCGGAAAGUUUUGCUGCUACGCGUGUAAUUUCAUUUGGGGACAAACACUCUGCUAUUCAACGUGUGGUUAUUGUGAUAAGUUGUAAUUCGGACCUG